CUAGACGGCGCACUGUUCACACCAGCUCACCACUUUCCUCUUUCCUGAACUCCGACCUCUGAGCCUGCCUGUCGGCGUCGGAUCCCGUUCGAAGGAGCUUUUUUAGAAAAUGAAUGCACCGCUUCAGAUAAAUUUCUCCAGAGGCUGCUGGAUUAGUUUAGCAGCAGCGACACUCUCAGUAAAACGGUUUAGCUGUCACAUGUUGUCACGUUUUAUAUGACCCGCUACAAGCUAGUUUAGCUGUUGGCUAAGUUAGCCGGCUAGCUCGCUAGGCUGUGUUCACACUGAUAGUGCUAACUUAAAAAAAAAAAAAAAACGCGUCCCUGUCAAGUCGGAAUAACAUCCGGCUUUAGAAAUUAGCGUAAAUCAGAUGACCGUUGGCCGCUUCGUUCCCCAGGACUCAAGUGCGUCCCCCCGGGGACCAUGUUUUUCACUUUAAUUUCCCAAAGUAACGGAACUAUCCGCCCGUUGAGUGAUAACGUUACAUGCGAACUAGCUAGCCCGAGUCGGCUAGCUCGCAGCUAACCGUCUUAACCGUCCACGUCUGAAGGAGCCGGCGGGGUGGAGGGCGUUCUCUCCGGCGAGCUAACUGUUCUCUCAUCAGCUAGCCCGGGCUAACGACGGCACCCCUUCUCCUUCUGUCAAAAGUUUGUGUUCACGGCAUAAGGGCAACGACAAUGGCGAACGUUACGGACCUGCAAACGAAAUACAGCAAGCUGGCGCAGGAGUACUCUAAGCUCCGUGCCCAGAACCAGGUGCUGAAGAAGGGAGUUGUGGAUGAACAGGCCAACUCUGCCUCAUUUAAGGAGCAGCUUAAGCAGAGGGACCAGAGCCUGAGGAAGCAGGAGCAGGAGAUGGACAGUCUCAGCUUCAGGAACCAACAGCUGGCCAAAAGGGUGGAGUUGCUUCAAGAGGAGCUAGCUGUUUGUGAAGCCAAGGGCAAAAAGGGGAAGAGCAAAGCAGACUCUCCGUCGCAGCAUGGUCUGGAGACUCAGAGUGUUUUUGAUGAGGAUCUGCAGAAAAAGAUAAAAGAAAAUGAGCGACUUCAUAUCCAAUUCUACGAAGCAGACGAGCACCACAGGAAGCAGGAGGCUGCGCUGACGACACGACUACAGGAUCUGGAAAAAGACUCUGAGCAACACCGAGCUGUUGUGGACGGACUCACCGCUAAAUACAUGGAAACCAUUGAGCGUCUGCAGAGUGACAAGGCCCGUUUAGAGGUGAAAACUCAGACUCUGGAGAGGGAAGCUAAGGAGUGCAGAAUGCGAACAGAAGAGUGUCAGCAGCAGGUGAGACGCUGCCAGUCAGAGCUGAACAGACACGUGAAACAAAGCAGCAGUGUUAUCCAGGAGAAAGUGCCCUUCAAUGACACCAAAUUUGGUGACUACAACAGCCUAAAUGUGCCGCCACACAAUCGAAGGCACCAGCUUAAAGCCCGGGACGUGGCAGGUCAGGCCCUGAGCUUUAUUCAGGACCUGGUGGCUGCUCUGUUGAACUUCCACUCGUACACAGAGCAGAGAGUGCACAUAUAUCCCCUGGACUCGUCCAUUGAGCCCAUCUCCCCUCUAAACCAGAAGUUUUCUCAGUACCUACAUGAGAAUGCAGCCUAUGUGCGCCCCCUGGAGGAAGGCUUUCUACAGUUACACCAAAGCAUCACAGAGGACACCGUGACCGUGCUGGAGACUGUGGUCAAGCUGAAGAGCUUUGCUGAUAAUUUCUCCUCGUACACCAGCUUUCUGCAAAAGAUUCUUCCCUACCAGCUGAAAAGCCUGGAAGAAGAAUGCAACGCACCUCUUGGUACAGCUGCCCUUACUGCCAAAAACCAGGAUCUGCAGAGCGACAUGAAGAGAGUGACUUCGUGCUUUGAGAAGCUGCAGAGCUACAUUACGCUUUUGGCCUUACCCAGUGUUCGGCAGAAUGCCGUGCCACAGAGCAGCACCUCAGCUGUCUUCACCCAGCUGGCUGCCGGCCUACACAGUCUUCACGAUGCCAUUAAAGAGAUGUCCAAGCACUAUAACCAGAAGGCCAGCUUGGAGCAAGAGCUCCCCACCACCACCCAGAAGCUCUGCACCACCACAGACUGCCUGCUGGGAUCUUUGGGCUCUCUGACCAGCAGCACUGGCAAGAUUGCCACUUUCUUUAGCAACAACUUGGACUUCUUCACGUCACCAGGCUACAGUCCAAGGGGCUGCACAGUAGCACUCAACCCCUUGCAAGCAGAGAGUAUGCUGGCAAACAAAAAGAAAGCAGCUGCCUACAUCCAUGCUAUCAAACAGGACAGGCCGCAGUCUGUUCCGUACAGAGACGCCCUGUCAAACCGUCGUAUUCUCACCAGCUCCACUGAGAGCAGAGAAGGUCUCACGCAGCAGGUGCAGCAGAGCCAGGAGAAGAUUGCCCGGCUGGAGCAGGAGAAGGAGCACUGGCUCCUGGAGGCGCAGCUGGGGAAGGUGCGCUUGGAAAAGGAGAACCAGCGCAUUGCGGAUCUGGAAGCGCAGCUCGCCGCAGCUCUAGGGGGAAGUCCACACUGCCACAGAGCUGAGGCCAGCACGCUCUCGGAGAGCCACGAGGAAGCGGAGAGGGAGCACAAGGCCGCGGGGAAAGAGACGGCGCUGUGCGCCAGCCUGGUUGGCAUGUUGUGCACGACACCGACAGUUGACCAUAUGGGAGACGAGGAGUCUCGGGAGCAGCUGAUAAAGACUCACUACAUGGCCAGAGUGGGGGAGCUCACCACGCAGCUCCAGAUUUCCGACAGCAAAGCGGUGCAUUUUCACUCUGAGUGUCGAGCUUUGGCCAAGAGAUUAGCCAUUUCAGAAAAAUCCCGGGAGGCCCUGAGCGAGGAGGUCAGACUGGCUAAUCAGAACAUCACACGGUUGCAGGACGAGCUGACUACGACAAAGAGGAGCUACGAAGACCAGCUGAGCAUGAUGAGCGACCACCUGUGCAGCAUGAAUGAGACUCUGAGCAAGCAGAGAGAGGAAAUCGACACGCUCAAGCUGGGCAGCAAGGGAAAUGCAAAAAAGAACAAAGGUCGCUAAAGCUGCACCAUUUGGGCACCACAAAGAGCACCUUGAGAGGAGGAUCUGCUCACCAACGCACAGGACGGCUACAGGACCCUCUGAGAUAUGAACUCUUGAGGAGGCUUGAACAUGUUUGACCUGGAAGAGCCCCCUCCGCCCCCCUUUUCUUCUCAUCGUUAAAAUGCCACGAUUUGGAACGAAUGCUUUUUGAAACUAUACAAGGAGCUGCUGCGUGACCUUUUUGGCCUCAGCAGAGUGGGAGAGAAACAACUUGCCCCCAAAGAGACAGAGGAAGAUGGACGGUGGGAACAGUCGCUGUUGGCAACGCUCACUGAAGUCAAGACUUGAAGACCAAACCCUGUUGAGCUGCGUUUGUACUUCUCCUGCUUUAACGUACGUGUAAAAGAAAAGACAACUGUUCCUACUGCCUAUCAGAGUAUAUCUUGGUGUGGCUGUGUGUGGGCGGAGGGCUGUCUCUUCGGGCUCCACAACACGCGACUAAGAUUUACCCGUUGACAUUUUAUAAUUAAAAGUUUUUAGAUCAAAUUUCCGAUUAUGUGCGCUAGUGGUUUCAAGAGCCCGUACGUAUACACAGAGCAUCACAGCCCUUACAACACAUGCAUAUGCCCUAAGCUCCUGUAAAGAAGGGCUUUAAAACCGGAAGGAACAAGUAACAAAUUUUGAAUUCAUUCCUCAUUGAAUUGUUCAGUCUUGUGAGGCAAGAAUAAAUGUCUUUAGUUGAAGCACUGAUUAACGGUGUGUCACUAGACGAGAAGCUAAGGAUGGACAAGUCGUAAAUGGUGUCAGUGAAAUGGUGUCAGUCGGUCUCUGUGAAGUUGUAACAAUAGUCGUUUUUAUCACCAAAGUAAGUGUCGAUGUGCACUCAGAAGCCUGGUGAGGCACAGCAGAGCUAAAUUCAUGUUGUACUAUGUAUGCACAAAAAGGGUUAAUGUGAAAAUACAAAUUUCAAAUCAUGAUAUAAUUGUACUGUAUAAUUUCUAAAAAAUAUUUAUAAAUGAGAUAUAUAUAUAUAAACACACACACACAAAAGCAUUGAUUCAGACGUUACACAUUAUUUUCUAAAAAAAAAUUGAAAACUGAGUUUUUGGUUUUCUCAUAAGGUCAGAGAAGAGGGAGUCAUUGGAGUUUUAGCCCACAAUGCAACAGGUGCUUAGACAGCCUGAUGCAUGAUUCACGGCAGAGUGCUGUUAAAGUUUACAAUAAAGUACAACGUCUUUGCACGUUGUGACAUGAGGGAAACGAAAGAGCAGGUUAUGAGCAGGCCCUUUUGAUCAUAAAAGAUUUGCCAACAACCCCUCAACUGAUUUAUUAACACUUGUAUUCUCACAAUGUAACCUUCUAAAGCACACAGAAAAAUGUAAAAGUAAAUAAAAAGGCUGUUCAACAUUCAAA